ACAGGAAAUGAUAAUUGAAGUGACCCGGAACGGAACGUAAAGUACCCAAUUUUUCUUUCGUACAUCGUAUGUACUCCCUGUUUCAUUGCGUUUUUCUUGUUUGUAAAUAAUAACCGCUGGAAAUAGUACGUAAUGUGAAAUUACACGCAUUCCUCAGUCGAGUGCUUGUUACGUAAAAGGUAACCAUUGCCGUGCAAUUAGUUAAUUCGCCGUAGAACUCCUAACCUAUCGGUUGAUGUUUUGUUAAGGAGUAAAUGAACUAUGUGAUGUAAAAAUGCCGCCUUUUAGAAGAAAGAAGGCGUCUAAAUCCUUUCCAGUGAAGGUGUGUACAUUGGAUGCUGAAUUGGAAUUCAACCUUGAGUGGCGAGCAACAGGAAGGGAUUUGUUUGACCUGGUCUGCAGGACUAUAGGCCUGCGGGAAACAUGGUUCUUCGGGCUACAGUUUGAGGAUACCAAACAUUUCAUAAGCUGGCUCAAAUUAGACAAAAGAGUACAAGACCAAUGUGUCUCCCAAAUGCCGGGCACACCAUUCAUGCUACUUUGCAAGCUCUACCCCGAGGAUGUGGCCGAGGAGCUCAUCCAGGAGGUCACACAGCAUCUGCUGUUCCUCCAGGUGAAGCAGGCGAUCCUGAGCAUGGAUAUAUACUGCCCACCGGAGGCGUCAGUGUUACUUGCUAGCUAUGCGGUGCAGGCUAAGUAUGGAGACUACGACGAGACGGCUUAUAAGCCCGGCAUGCUGGCCAGCGAAGAUUUACUUCCACAGCGGGUCAUCGACCAGUACCAGAUGACCCCGGAGAUGUGGGAGGACCGGAUUAAAAUAUGGUACGCGGACCACAAAGGAAUGUCACGGGACGAAGCCGAAAUGGAGUACCUGAAAAUAGCACAAGACUUGGAUAUGUAUGGCGUCAACUAUUUCUCUAUCAAUAACAAAAAAGACACAGACCUCUACCUCGGCGUGACAGCGCUAGGCCUCAACAUAUACGAAAAGGACAACAAGCUGAUGCCAAAAACGACGUUCCCGUGGUCGGAGAUAAAGCAUAUAUCGUUCGACGACAAAAAGUUUAUCAUCAAGUUCGUCGACAAGGCGGCUAAUAAUUUUAUAUUUUUCUCGCCAAAGGGAAUGAAUAAAUUGAUCCUUGACUUAUGUAUCGGCAAUCACGAUUUAUACAUGCGUCGCCGAAAGCCCGACACGAUGGAAGUUCAACAGAUGAAAGCUCAAGCCAAAGAGGAGAAACAGCGCCGACAGAUCGAGCGAAAUAAGCUGGCGCGGGAAAAGCAGCUUAGGGAGGCUGCCGAAAGAGAACGAGCUGCCAUGGAGCAGAGAUUACUACAAUAUCAGGAAGAGAUCCGGUUAGCCAACGAGGCAUUGCGCCGUUCAGAGGAAACAGCGGAGCUUCUAGCAGAAAAAGGUCGAGUGGCAGAAGAAGAAGCAUCAUUACUAGCGCAGAAAGCGGCAGAUGCCGAACGUGAUAAUGCUCGUCUUAGGUUAUCUGCUAUUCGUACUGAGGAGGAAAAGGUCCACCUAGAACGAAAAACCCGCGAAGCGGAAUUCCUCACAGCCCGCCUAGUCGAAGAGUCUGAGAAACGCGCCGCCGAAGCAGACAGACUGAAAGCAGAGUUAGUCGCAGCCAGAGUAGCUGAGAAACAGGCUAAGGAUAAACUGUUGAACUUCCUCAGCAGGGCGGGGGCAGGCUCGCUACCACCACCUACUGUUACUUCAUCAAGCACAGUCCCGUCGAGCCUGUUCCCGUCGACAUGCUCGCUGCCCGCCGAGCUGGGGGAGCCCCCGGCGAACGGCGCCGCGGAGCCCGAGCUCAACUCGUGCCUGCUCGUGCCCGACGACUCGGACGACCCGCACAUACACCGCCUGUCCAGGGAGAUCGAGAAGGAGCGAGUGGAGUACCUAGCGAAGUCGAAGCAUCUCCAGCAGCAGCUCGAGUCGCUGCGCUGUGAGUUCUCCGUGCUGCGGGUGGAGCGCGACGCCGCCACGCUCGACAGAUUGCACGAAGCGCAAGCAAAAGCGGGUGAUACCAAAUACUCCACGCUCCGAAAGUUAAGGCAGGGCUCCACCAACACUCGACUAGCGUUCUAUGAAGAACUCUAAAUAACAACACGGUUGAACAAAGGAGUUCACAGAACUGCGCUUUUAAUCUUACUGAAUAUCUCAGUAGAUACGGAAUUCGUUUGAUCCGGCUUUCCGGAUCAGAAAUGGCGUUAUCUCUCUUGGGUUUUGCCGUUAGAUGGCGAUGACUUUGUUGGUCGUUGUUUAUCAGAGAUGUCAGUGUUUUAUUACGCCGAGAGAUGGCGCUGUCUUUGGUAACGUUGACACAUCGCGUCCAAAGAUGGCGACUGUCAAAUUCACAGUUAUGUAAGUCAAAUUUCCAAGACUAAGAUCAUAAACAGGGAAUUUAUUGAAAAUGAGAUGAUGAAUGUAGUUUGGUCAUACACAGAUUUUAAAACUAAAUUUGUCACUCCUGUGGACAAGUUAACAGUUUGUGUAGCAGUAACAGCAGUUUCAAUGAGAAGCAGAAUUGGGUACUUCUACGCGAAAACAUUUCCAUGUUCAGCAUUAAUUUCCUCGCAAACCGGCGAGUGUAGACGUGCCUCGGCCGUUUUGUGAGGAAAUUGCCUCGCGCGUAUGCUCGCUCUGUGUGGAUCCGCCUAUUCAGAUGGUUGGCAGUCCAUUGCAGGGCUGCUAAAAAAAGCUCAGCAGCUGUUUUAUUAUUUAUUUAUUUUUAACUUUAUUGCAAAAAAAGGUACAAAUAGCGGGCUUAAUGCCUGAUGGCAUUCUCUACCAGGCAACCAUACCAAGCGGUUUUGAGGUAAUUACGCCCACAGGAGUCGUAAACCUAAUUUCUGUGUGUGACCAAAUCACACUGUUUUAUUUAGUGAUUAAGAUGCCUUUAAUAAAAUAAAUAAUGUGCCUUAGAUACUGAAAAGUUGUGUGCGUAAUUGUACAAUAUUAGCCAAAAGCUCGCACACAUACGUAUACAACGUGUCCUCUACCCUCUGGACUACUGAUGUGCCGAAGGAAACUUUCCAAAAUUGCGAAAUUUAACACGUUGGAUAGUUUCGGAAAUUUCUUAUUAUUUUGUAUGGGGAUUGAAAGUUUCCGAAACAUAAACUGGAAAUUUCUUAUAUUUCUUUGAAAUUAUCAAGAAAUUUCCGAGAACUUUUCCUAUCUUUUAUAAACUUGCACAUCUAUACUCUGGACAUAGAUUAAUAGGACGUGUCGAUUAGGGUAUUUCUAACCUAUGUAAAAAGUCUCAUUCCAAACGACACAGUAUUAACGGAUAAAUUAAUAAUAAUAAAUUCUUUUAUUUCAGAUAUAUGCGAUCCAUAAUUACAUAAUCAUGAAUUUAUUAGCAAUUUUAACAAAAUUAGAUAGACAAAAUAUUAAUAAUAUAUAUAAAAAUACAAUGAAUAACACUUGCACACAUAAAGUUAGAAAUUAAAACGAAUAACAUACAACUGAUAAUAAUUAAAAAAAAAAGACGCCCUGUGCAGCUUAUACCAAUGAAGCUGGAAAGAGCCGUCUAGGCGCUCUGUCACCGUCUGAAGGAGGCUAUUCGGGCUUCGGGCAGUUAAUGAUUUACGAUUUAAUAAUUCAGGACAGCCUGUAUUUACAUUAAUCUUAUCAUCAUUGCGAACGACAAAUACGGUAUCCUCCUAUUUAUUGAUGAUUUACUUACUUACUUUAUUCGGUUGGCUCAGCGACCCAAAAUGAGACUUAGCCUCCGACACAAGACAGCGCCACUUUUCUCGGUCCUGUGCGACCUCUCGCCAAUUGGCUACUUGACAGUUUUUGUGAAUAAUGUCAAACGAUCUUGAUUUUCCUGAGGAUCAAAUGUCUAUAUAGGACUCAUGGCACUUAAGCAACACAAAGGUCAGAAAUGAGAGUUAAAGUCUGACACUCUCAGUCGACGAUUGAAACGCCUCUAACAAAAUGAUAAUAUGAUGUGACGUCACAUCAUAUAAGUCGGUGCUAAAUGUAUGGAAGAUCAAGGAAAUUGCUAUUUUGACCCUGAAAUAUUGCGUUUAUGUGUAUAGUUGUCAUACAAUUUAUUUUUCAAUAAAAUGUAAGGAAUGUAAUGGUACCAUUUUAUUUUCUAUUAUUGAAAGACAAAAAAAAAAUGUUUUUUGAGACUUUGGAGGUUUGUAAUUUUUUAUAAUCCCAAUAUAAUUUUUUAAAUUCUACUUUUUAUAAUGGAUGGCUCAUUUUCUAUAUAUACAUUAAACUCAAUUUUUUUAUAAUAUUCAACAUGUGUCAAGUACCCAAUUGUCCCUUCAUCUUCGUCCAUUCUCUCAAGGUGGCCCAACCAACGGAGUCUGUGAGCUUUACUUUCUCCCAUGAUGUUAGGUUCAGCGUCUAGGUCUUCGAUCUCACGGUUCUUAAGGACUGUCCAGCUUCCAUCCGGUCUUCGUUUGGGGCCCAGUAUCUUGCGGAGGAUUUUCCUCUCGGCAACUAGCAGCAUGUUUUCUUCCUUGAGUGUUAGUGUCCAUGCUUCGCAUCCGUAGGUUAGGAUUGGACGAAUCACGGUCUUAUAGAUUCGGAUCUUGGUGCGUCUGCUUAGAAGCUUGGACACUAACACCUUGUGAAGAGCUGCACUGCAUCGCAAUGUAUUCUGGAUGCUAAUCUUUAUGUCCUCGUCACGAUUGUUGGUAUCAGUAACGGUGCAGCCUAAGUAUUUAAACUUGGACACGCCUUUGUACACUAUAUCUCUUACAUUUAGGGUAUUGAUGAUUUAUUUGAGUUAAUUUAACUUAAUUUUUUUUAAUGUUUAUCUAAUCAUAGUUAUUUGUGCAACAAGAGAGGAAAGUUGGUUUUUCUUGCGAGUGUUAAUUUUGAGUCCUGAGUAAGCGAAAGAUGCUAUAAUUGAAUCACGAGCGAAGAGAGUGAUUCUAAGUUAGAAUCUUGAGCGUAGCGAGGGACUCAAAAACACGAUAUGUGAAAUAACUUUGCUCUCGUGUGACACAUACAACUUUUCACCUCAGUAGUGAGAACAUAAGGUUAAAAAAAUUCAACAUCAAGUAAAAGUUAAUCAUAUUUAUUUACAUUCAUGAAUGAAAGGCAUCAUCAUUAUGACGAAAGCUUGUCUCACUCCCUAGAGUGAGGAAAGUAGGCUUGUUCGAGCUACUGAGGUGAAAAAUAAUUUACCAUAUACCUUCCUGAGAAGGAACUCUACUCGGGAUCUCGGUCAAUGUCCAGAGAGUAGAGACAUAUUACAAUAAAUGUAUAUAAUCAAAUUUUUAUUUUUGAUCUCCUAUAUAAUCGACAAUGUUGCCAAAUUGAAAUAAUUGUCUCAGAAUAUUUUUUGUGCACAAAGUAUUUUUUUUAUUUGUAUGAGAUUGUACGGUCACGUCUGAAAAUAUCGAUACGGACAAAGUGCCAAAAAUAUGUACACACUACCCUAACAUAUGAGCCAUAAGGUCGUGUAUUGUAUACAUAUUUCAAUCGUGCCAAUGUUUUCAGACGUGACUGUAUAAUAACGUUUAUACGCUUUUUAUAAUCAAUUUAACAUAAUAAUUGUAAGUAUCAAUCGAGAUCUGGAUAGUUAGUUUCCCAUUUUUAUAUAUAGAUAUUUAAGUUUUUAAAUAACAUGACUGGCGUGGGAGGCUACAUAAUGUUGUUACCACUGACAAAAUGGUUGCGGCAAAGUAAAAUAAGUUAUACCAUAGAGAAAAAAGUACAUAGAGUGUGUUGGCGUUGUGAUCCGGCUCGAAGGACCACAAUAUUAAGCCUGAAUCAUAUUUGUCUGUCGUGUUGUGUUGUGUCGUGAUGCAUCAGAACGACAAUCGGUUUCACACAUUUAAAAUGGUUGUGUUCACAUUUAUGUGAUGCACGCUGAGUAAGACAAAUGUGCACGCCACCAUAUUAAAUGUAUGAAACAGAUUAAAUAAAUAAAUAUUAUAGGACAUUAUUAUACAAAUUGACUAAGUCCCACAGUAAGCUCAAUAAGGCUUGUGUUGUAGGUACCUAGACAACGAUAUAUAUAAUUAUAAAUACUUAAAUACACAGAAAACACCCAUGACUCAGGAACAAAUAUCCAUGCUCAUCACACGAAUAAAUGCCCUUACCAGGAUUUGAACCCGGGACCAUCAGCUUCGUAGGCAGGGUCACUAACCACUAGGCCAAACCGGUCGUCAAAACCGCCACGACACAACACAACACAACAGACAAAUGUGAAUCCGGCUUAAUGAUAAAAUAUGCUGAUUAAUUGAUAGUACUUUAUUCGAUGGAAACAAGAAGAAUGAAUAAUAACAAAAUGUAAAAAAGAACAUAAAUCAACAAUAAAACAAUAUAAUUCAGAAAUAUAAAAAAGUAAACAUCUAAAAAGUGCGUCGCCCAUAGAGAUUGCUCACUCCAUACAUCAGUUUUGUUAGUUAGCAAAAUUAUCAGUACCGCUACUUGACACUAGAUGUCUCAAGUGUCGCUACUGACCAAACAUUGUAUUGCUCGACAAUAUGGUUUAUGGUUUAAGGUUUAAGAAUUUAUUUCUCCAAACGAAUAUUACAAUUCACUUACAUAGAGAAAUAUAAACAAUCGUAAUAUACAUUAUUUACAUAGUUAUUUAUAUACAACUAAUAUCACAAACAGAGUUCCGGUUGUAAUCUUAGCUGAAAAUUGUUGAGCAUUAGGCUUUUCGUUCGUCGCGGCAUCUAUUGUCAAGUAGCAGUACUGAGAGUUCCGCUACUCAAUGUUAGACGACUACGAAAAUAUUAGGUUAUUAUUAAAUAUUACCUAUGAAAUUGGUGUCUUGUAUGGAGAACUUUAACGAAAUUCGAUUUUUCGUACAAUGAAUUUUGCGGAUCAUUUUGUUAUGGCAUUUUGAAACCAAACAAAUUUUUGCCAGUAAUUCGAGACAUUUUUAAGGCACAUUUUCUAUCUCAUUUUUUUUUUAUCUGUCCCGUCAGAAAAAUAUAAGUCAUUUAAAUACUCGAGCCGGCAGCACAUGAAAAGAGCUGUUUUCAGGGCGGUAUUCUGAAUACAUAAAACAAUAAAAGUAGCAAAUAAUUGUAUGUCGAAUCGUUGUCAUGUAGCGCACUGAUGAAAUUAAAAAAUACUUCGAAGUUACUAUUAAAAUAAAUAAACUAUGACAUGACUAAUACUUAUGAACAAAAUCGCCAAUUUCAUAGGUAAUGACCCAAUAAUAAGCGUUUUGUUAUUUAUUUCUCUAUGGUUAUACGUACAGUCGACCAAGAAACUGGUUUACCACUUUUCGACUCUAUUACUUGACAAAUACGAGUAGAAAAGUGGUAAACCACUUGGCUGACUGUACAUUUAUUAAAGUAAAAGUUAGAAUCAGACAUAGAAGUUUUUGUGGUAAUAACGAGUGCUUGAGAAAAUGAAACAUCGACAAAUAUGUUAUCGAUAAGUCAGUCAUAGAUUAAUAAUUAAAAGAUGCAACUUCUACUUGCUGUAAAUUACCUAGAAAUUUCAAGAAUGAAAAUCAAUUCCAAAUCGGACCAUAAUUUCUUGAUUACAUGUAUUUAGUACUCAGACAGUGUCAAAAAAUAAGAAAACUACCAAUGGGUAUAUGUGUUGCGUAUUUCGCAGAUAGCUUUCUUUUUAUACAAUGUUAAAAAUAUCUAUAACGCUAAGGUAACAUCGAUAAUAGACAUGUCGAUAUUUUAUUUUGUCAAUCACUUUAUAUUGCCACAAAAACUUCUAUGUCAGGUUAGAAUUGUUUUAGCUAGAGUUCCUUAGCCUCGUAAAUGUACAGUCACGACUAAAAAUAUCGGUACGAAAAAUGUGCCAAAAAUAUGUAUACACGACUUUAUCGCCCAUGUAUUAAGGUAGUGUAUACAUAGUUUUGGCACAUUUUUGUACCGAUAUUUUCAGACGUGACCGUACAUUAUCCUCUAGCGGCCCACCAUACAACGAAAAAUUGAGAAUCGAAUUUGAAUCAAUGGUAUUAUAAAAUAGAGUUGAAUUUGUUUCGUUUAAAAAUCGAACGAAACAAAACAAAAGCAACUCUGUUUCAUUUAAUUAAGAUUUAAAUUUCAUUGGAGGUAAUUUAUACUAGUAUUAGGACAUUGAACUUUGAUUUCAUUACUUUUUCCAACAAACUAAAUUCAUCCCAAUUUACUCGACAACAAGGUUCAAUUUGAAAAUAGGAAUAUUUGUUAUGGUGGAUCGUUUGUGGUUGCCCGAUAGUUUAAGUAUAUAAAUUUUCUACUUUAUUGUGAUAAUCAUGAAGUCUAUUAAAAGGUUCAUAAUAACACCUAAGCAUCGUAUUGUACAGCACGAGUACAUAUGGCGUUACUUUCCUGCAUUAGUGCGGUAAUUAUCACUUUACGUACCUAUGUCGGGCCGUAUGUACAGUAAAACGUUGUACGAUACACGUGUGAAUAGGUAAUUCGUAACUUAUAUCGAUUUAAAAAUCGCAACUUGUGUCGUAAUCGACUUUAUUACGUUUGUAGUAAGGUAAACAAUUGUCAAUCAAAAAACUACGCUUCUCACGCCCCGCCAAUAGUUCAAAUAUAACCGGACCAUUCUGUUAUGUACCUUAUGUUUUAUUAGUUUAAGUCCAUUUUCGGCUGAAACCAUAUAGAAAUCAGCUGUUUGGGAUUUGUAUUCAUAUAUUAUAUAAGGAAACUAUUAUAGAAAGCUUUUUAGUUAAGGAGCUGAGUGGCCUAAGUAGGUACGACAUUGAAAAGAUUAUAUCACUAUUGUAUACGAUACUUUUUCGACGAGUCAACUAAAACAAUACUUUUUCCUCCGUCCAUAAAACCUAAAUAAUUAAACAAAAUUAGGUAAGUAUCUUACUAGACAAAAAGAUAGUACAAACGCUUAUUCAUGAAACAGUAGUGCGUUGAUGUAUUUUACUCUUGGCCGCGACACGUGAUUGGUCGAGUUCAUUACAGUUGACUAAAGCAUUACGUAAGAAGUCAUUAUAGUAGAGUCGGGAGCCCAUAGUGAAAAGAAUGCGAUUUCAGUUUGAUAUACGAAGUCUUAAUUCAACCAAUAAAGUCUACGAGUAGAAAAAGUCAUACGUGUCGGAAAUUAUACAAAACUGAACUCCAUCACUUUGAAAUAAAGUUCAAAAUCAUGGUGAGAUAAAAGCUUAAACUCUUGUCCUAGUUUUUAUUUAAACUAAGACGAUUUUAAUAUGGUUUCAACUUGAAAUGUUAGCAAAGUUAUACCCUAACCCCCUUAUUCAUACACGUCUACUAAAGUUGACAAGCCGCUAAUAACCCCCUUAUUCAUACACGUCUAUUAAGUUGACAAGUCGCUAAUAAUCGGUUGUCCGUUUCCGACGUAUUGGUAUGAUGGAAAGGGACAAACGAUUAUUAGCGGCUUGUCAACUUUAGUAGACGUUUAUGAAUAAGGGGGUAAUUUUUUUUAUUUUGCAUACGUACAUUUAUCUUAGACAAUCAAGGCGUUUUUAUUAUAGUUUCAGACGAGGAUUUAUGUUGACAUGACUUCGUAUAUGUUAUAAUGUAAUGUAUUUCUUACUCAAGAAAUUAAUUAUUUUGUCAAUGAAAUACUUUUCAGGCAAUUUGAGUAACCUUCUUUAUAACUACGUAAGUCAGAGUUCUUUUUGAAUUUCUUAACCUUGAUCUUUUAAUCCAAAAAUAUCACUUACCUAUAUGUUGACAUUAAUUUUAAAAUCAAGCAAUAUACACCUUGCUUGAAAACAGCAAGGUUUUUGACAGCAUUAAACUCUUAUGAACGUUCUUCGUGUCAGUUUCUUAUCGUCCAUUGAAAUUUAAACUUUAUGCUUUGAAAUUCAAAGUUUAUUAUUGCACAUUUAUCUCUCAAUAUUGUUACAAAUGUUUUCAAAAUGACGGUUUGUAUUAAGGGUAAUUUGGUAUGUCGUCUUGGUAGUCAAACUAAAAAGCUUCCUAAUUGCAUAUGUAUAAGGUUCAAAUCCCAUUUGACUUGAAGGCUAUUCCCUUAUGUCCCUGAACGUUAUGUCACGUUUUUAUGUGUUAGUAAAAGUACAUAAUGUACAAAAUUGUAUGUGAUUUUGAUAACGAGCCUAUACGGAAUGUUCUAUUUAGAUACCUUAGACGGAUAGAUAAUUUGGAUGGUGUUAUGCAGAAUAUAAACACAUAAAAUUUCAUGUUCGAAAGUAAAAAUGACAAAAAAUAGGUUAGGAAGAAGAGUUUGUCAAUUUGGAAUGCCAGGAACUUAUCUCUUCAAGUGGCAUGUGUCGUUUUUGAGUUAUUGGAAUUUUCAAUUAAUCAAAUUUGAAAUUUAAAUGAUAUAAUCGGUCGGGAGUCAACGGCCUGCCACUCCAAGGGUUAAGUGGGAGUUGUUUGCGUUGAUGAAAAUAAAAUCAAUUAGUAAGUUGCAUUGUUUGCAAUAAUUAAAUUUUAUCUGGAUAUGCUCUACUUAACACCGUCCUUAUAUUGGUGAACAUUGUACAUAACAUAAACUAGGCUUUGUGAUCAGAAUGAUAAUUAUGUUACAAUGUAUACGUGCCUUAAUAUUUUAGAAGCCAUAUUUUGUAAAUAUAUUUAUAGACAUUUUU